UAUAUAGAGAGAUGAGAGCUUGACACACAGCCCUCAUCCCUCUCCAGUCUUCUUUGGUUUUUCCUCCCCUCCCCCCUCCCUCUCUCUCUCCCUCCGCUUCGCUCUUGUUGUCUUGUCGAGUUAGGGUUUACUUCGGCUUGCGAUCGACGAGGAGGGGGAGGAAAAGGAGGAUUCGACGAUCGAGGAUUCCAGAACGACUUCUGUUCCCGGAAUGGCGUACCAGGGCAAGAAGCUAAUCAACGAUCCCAAUGAUGUGGUAACUGAAUUCAUUGAAGGACUAGUUGAGACUUAUCCUGGCCUACAGUACUUGGAUGGCUUUCCACAGAUUAAGGUUGUUUUACGUGCUGAUGUCUUGAGUGCUCCGUAUGAUAAGGUUGCCGUCAUAUCUGGAGGUGGAAGCGGGCAUGAACCUGCUCAUGCUGGAUUUGUUGGUCCAGGAAUGUUAACAGCUGCCAUCUGUGGCGAUGUUUUCACCUCUCCACCUGUUGACUCUAUCUUAGCUGGUAUUAGAGCUGUAACAGGUUCCAUGGGAUGCCUUCUCAUAGUUAAGAAUUAUACAGGUGAUCGACUCAAUUUUGGUUUAGCAGCUGAGCAAGCAAAAUCAGAGGGAUAUAAAGUAGAGAUGGUUGUAGUUGGAGAUGAUUGUGCCCUUCCACCACCUCGAGGCAUAGCUGGACGAAGAGGAUUGGCAGGGACCAUUCUUGUUCAUAAGGUUGCUGGGGCAGCAGCUGAUGCUGGUCUAUCCCUUGCUGAUGUUGCUGCAGAAGCAAAACAUGCAUCUGAAAUGGUGGGUACGAUGGGGGUUGCCUUGUCAGUUUGUACACUGCCUGGUCAGGUCACAUCAGAUCGCCUAGGUCCAGGGUUGAUGGAGCUUGGUCUUGGAAUUCAUGGAGAACCUGGUGCUGCUGUUGUCGAUCUCCAACCUGUUGAUGUAGUGGUAUCUCAUGUUCUCAAGCAGAUAUUGUCACCGGAAACAAAAUAUGUUCCAAUAACCAGGGGUAGCAGAGUGGUUCUUAUGAUUAACGGACUUGGUGCCAUCCCCAUGAUGGAGCUGAUGAUUGCAGCCGGAAAGGCAGUUCCACAACUACAAGUAGAACAUGGACUUGCUGUUGAUCGUGUUUAUACUGGAUCCUUUAUGACUUCACUUGAUAUGGCAGGAUUUUCCAUUUCCAUAAUGAAGGCAGAUCCAGCAAUACUGCAACGUCUAGAUGCUCCAACUUCAGCUCCUUCCUGGCCUGUUGGUGUUGAAGGAGAUCGCCCACCUACUAAAAUCCCUAUUCCAGUGCCAGCAUCUUGUUCAAGAAAGACUAAUGAGCGGACAUUUAAUGAACCACAAGAAUUAAAUGAGCAAGGCUGCAUGAUGGAGGUUGCUAUUGAGGCAGCUGCAAAUGAGAUUAUUAAUCUAAGGGAAAAAUUAAACGAGUGGGACAGUAAAGUCGGUGAUGGUGACUGUGGAAGCACUAUGCAUAGAGGUGCAACAGCUGUUCUUGAAGACAUGAAGAGAUGUUAUCCUCUAAAUGAUGCUGCAGAAACAGUAAAUGAGAUCGGAGCCUCAUUGAGAAGGGUUAUGGGUGGAACUAGUGGGAUCUUGUAUGAUAUAUUCUGCAAGGCUGCAUAUGCAAGCUUGAAAGGCAACCAAGUUAUCACACCAAGCCAAUGGGCAACUGCUCUAGAAGCUUCUGUUGCAGCUGUCAGUAAAUAUGGUGGUGCACUUGCUGGGUAUCGGACUAUGUUGGAUGCGCUUAUUCCAGCAUCUAAAGUUCUAAGAGAGAUUUUGGAUACUGGCGAUGAUGCUUUAAAAGCUUUUCUACUGUCCUCUGAAGCAGCACUAACUGGGGCAGAAUCUACCAAAAAUAUGCAUGCUCAGGCUGGCCGAUCUACUUACAUUGCUGCUGACCUACUGUCUUCGGUUCCUGACCCUGGAGCAAUGGCUGCAGCAGCAUGGUAUCGAGCUGCUGCUCUUGCUGUCGAGAAUAAGCUACGACCUUCCGAGACCGAACAACUAUAAAGUUGAACAUAUGAAUGAUAAUAUCAUACCUAACAGCGGGAAUUAUUCACAUUUUGUUCCCUUAGCUCAUUUGUUUUCCGCUUGUGCAUGCAUGAGCUGAGAAAGCUGAGUCCUGUCUUAUUCAUCCCUUGGUCACAACAAUGCACUAAGUCCUGUCUUAUUCAUCUCUUGGUCACAACAAUGCACUGUAAAAAUCCUAACAAUAAAGAUUUGAUGCUUAAGGGAAUUUUUUAGGGCCUUUA